AUGUUAGAGAGAUUGCAAAAAAAGUCAGAGAUUAUCAGAAAAAGAAAUAAACGCCAAGAAAAUAGAAUAAAAAUUUUGAAAAAUAAUUUAUCAGAAUCAGUUAAGAAAUUAGAAAGUAUGGUGACAUCUGAUAUUACUGAAAAACUUAAAGCAAACAAUGUUCCUGAUUACCAACAAGUUAUAAUUAAAGAAAUUUUAGCAGCUACUAAGAUUUUUAUAAAGAUAUCAAUCGUUAAAGAAAGUUUGUCUAAAUCAACCACUAUGUAUAAUGAUAAGAAGACCAAGAAACAUCCUCACGAAACUCAAAAAAAUGUCAAAAAAACGGCGACAGCUGAACGUAUUGAACGAGAACAAUUUCGUGCUAAUAUGAUUUUAAAUUACGCCGAACAUUUAUUGCCUGUAGUUCCUAAAGAUAAAUUCAAAAACCCAUUACUCAGAUAUUAUAACUUUAUUAAGUUUGGUGUCCAAAUCAAUUCGAAUAGUUACAAUCCGAUUGAACAGAACACAGUGGAUAGAAUUGUGUGUAGCUUGCCACCAAAAUAUCAAUCGUCGCCACUUUUAUUGACACUAAUAAAAGAUUUAAUUAAUGAAUACGAAAUAACAUCAAAAAAGUCAAUAAUACAUAUAGGGUUCGGUGAUCUAUAUGACGAUCAUGAAGACCUUUCGCUUGUGGCUACACCGAUCAAAAAAGAACUACGAGAAACUGCACAUCUGUGGAAGAAAUCAAUUGAACAUUCAAGGUUAAAUCUUGAGCAAAAUAUCCUGCAAUUAAACCCAAUAAUCAUCCAGAUGAUAAAAUUGUGGAAUGAAAAUUACAAGUGAGUUUGUACC